AUGUCGACAGCUUCCUCCCGAUCUCGGCCAAAUAGGCGUUUGAAUAGCGUUCAGAACUUCGAUCGCUUGUCAAUAUCUCGAACUACCUCUCGAACACGAUCAAAGGCCGUGAGCUACAACGAUGCAUAUACCUUUGCUCUCCGAGUUGCCUACCUUCACCACCUCCUCCAGCCCCGAGCGAAGAGAAAGCAAUAUGUUGCAGCGGCACCGACCCCCAAACUCGCAACCCGAAAAUCAGUGAUGAUCGGAGAUCUAAUUCAAGAUUUCUCGCGAGUGAAGGACACCAAGAGCGCAAAGUUUCCCCACGGCUUUAUGUCACCUCUAGAGAAGCGUAUUCAGGGUGUUCUCAUGGGGACGGAGAAGCUCCCGGGAUACAAUGAUGCUGCGGUCAAGCGUACAUUCGCUGAAGCCUAUACAGCCUUCACUGAGCAGGGCUUCCGGAAAAGAAUGGACAAGGAAAGGCGCGUAGAGGAUUUGGUGUUGAUAUUUUAUUCCAACGCAACCAAAGCGCUCCAGAAGGGCAAGGCUCCAGAUGAUGAUACGUGGAAGCUCUUGGUCGAUCGCCAUGUGGCCCUCUUUGUCAGAUUGAUCAGUAACACCUUAAAAGACCAUGGCGACGACAAGGACAGACCCGAGCUCAUGACUCGAUUGACAACACUGGAGAAGAAGCUAUUGACAAACGAUCAAGAUUUAUUCAUUGAUAAAGGGGAUGGACAGGCUGGAAGUACUGUAGAAGUCGUGAUCCCACUCAGCCUGGAAGUCAAGGAUAUGGCUAUGGUACAAACUGUAGCAAAAAUAUUUGGCCUUCGAAACUCGCAGGUACAAUCCGACAUUGAUGCCAACAAAAAAAUAUGGACGGAGGAAGCAGCACUCACAGACCUGAAGGCUUACCAGCAUUGCCUUGAUUCCAAUACCAAGCGAACUCUAAGAAGUGAUGAUUUUGAUCUCGACGAAGGAUAUCAAGCUUGGAAGAAGGGUGAGGUGCCGGACUUGUCUCAAAUGAUGGCUGAAAUAUUGCAAGCCAGGCCUGAACUCGUGAAGACUACGGGAACAAACAAACCCCUUCCACCAGUUCACUCUGCUUCAGCAAGCCUUUCCGAGGACAAAGCAUAUUCCGACUUGGCUAAAACAAUUGCGAGUCCUGUGGAGCCCAACUCAUUUUAUUCCUUCGAACAGCCUGCUGAUAUGAGCUCUUUGUCAAUAGAAGAAGAUAACCCUCGUCGACUUUUCCUCGAAGAAUCUACGUAUACAUUCAUCCCCCCAGAUCCACGUGCGUUUUACAGAUCAAUCCUGAUGCACGCAAUGACAUUCGACCAACUCCACGCUCCCCAAUCAGGAGAAGGACCUGUUGCAGCAUCGCUCUUGUCUCGGGCUUCAAUAGACCUUGUAGCUGAAUUGUGCGUUCGCUGGCGAAUUCCACAGUUCACUAGGCUUGUCCUGUUUCUGGAUGUUGCGACGCAAAAGUUCUUGGACCAAGAGAUUGGACUAGAUGAGAUCGACACUGCCUUCGAAUUCGUCAAAUCUCCGCCUCCUGAACCUAAACGUGCACAUACGCACACACAUACUCAACCUGUCGGCUUGUCGUCAAUGGAUCAAAGUCACUGGACAGUGUCGGAUUUCGCCCUUUAUCGCCAAGUACUUUCAAGUUUGCAUGACGCUCUUCUUCGUGAUCUAUAUGAUCUAUUGCAACAUUGUUACGAUACAAAGCCUCCCUCUCCGGGUCCUGUUCUCAUGGUCUUGGAGAGCCAUAUCUUGAGCGACCCUUCAUUUUCUCAAGGUCCUAGCGAGGUUGAAUCAUACAAGAAUCAGCUUACCGAGGGUCUGACCUCCAAGGCUGCAGCUGUAUACCGCGGAUACCUCGAGACUGAAGUGCCGCAGAAUCAGGAAGAGUGGCAAUUUUAUCACGUUGUUCAACUUGGUAAGGCUGUUGUAAAGCUUUGCGAACGGAUUCAAAAGAGAUAUCGAAAGAAUCCAGAAAUCAUGGGAGUAAAUCCUUUGACGAUUCUCGUCGAGACAAUGUUCCCGAGCUUCGAAAAUGAUGCUGGUGACUUAAUUCAGCGAAUUCUUCAUGUUGCGCGGAGCAACAACUCUGAGGUUGAUCUACAGGAUGGCUUUGAUUUGUAUAAAGAGCUUGUGGAAAUCCGUCGUAUUCAUCAUUCCGCGCUUCCAAACCGACCAUUUGCGUUUCACAUCGAGGGCCUUCUUGCCGAAUUUGUAUGGCGUUGGAUCGCUGUGACAGAUGAGAAGAUGUUAGGGCUCGUGAACGAAGCCAUCAAGCAAGACGAAUUCCAAGUCCGAUCCGAUCAUCCAGAACACGGCGCUACAGAUGAUGAACGGCACAGUGUCUCUAUUAUCGAUAUUUUUCGUUUGUUUAAUCAAACUGCAGAUCAAAUAUUUCAAUUAGAAUGGGAUGAUGAUGUUCAGUACGCAAAGUUUAUGACAGCCCUUUCGAAAUCUUUUGGCGUCGGGCUUGCUCGGUACUGUGAGGUCAUCGAACAGAGGUUUAGUAAAGAAAUGGAUAGAUUGUCGCCUUUGCAGGAAGCAGCCGCUUUGCAAACCAAACAGGAAAAAUGGAUGCAGCUUGCCAAGGAUGCCUGGAACAACAAGGAGAAAAUCGAACCCUUUCAAUUCUACCCUGAGUCUUUUGUGAAAUUAAACAAUAUCGAAUACGCCGUUCAGCAACUUGAUGUUCUUGAGAAAACGAUGAAUGUUGAUGCUUGUGCAGAAGUGCUGGCCAAAAAUGCACCCCCUCGUGAAAAGUCACGGCGAACAAACAAAUAUGUCUUCACUAUCAAGAUUGUGGAGGCAGAAGAGCUCAAGGCUUGUGAUCCGAAUGGGACUAGCGACCCAUAUGUUGUUCUUGGGGACGAGUAUCAAAAGCGACUAGCGAAGACCAGGGUAGUGAUGAGAAAUCUCAAUCCCCGCUGGGACGAGUCAGUUGAUAUCACAGUUCAAGGUGCUCUCAAUAUUAUCGCAACUGUCUGGGAUUGGGAUACCUUCGGUGAUCAUGAUUACGUGGGAAGGACUUCCCUCAAGUUGGACCCUACACAUUUCAGCGACUACAUGCCACGAGAAUACUGGUUGAACCUGGACACCCAAGGCCGACUACUACUACGGGUCAGUAUGGAAGGGGAACGGGACGAUAUCCAGUUCUAUUUUGGCAAGGCUUUCAGGUUGCUGAAGCGGACGGAGAGGGAUAUGACCAGAAAGAUCACAGAUAAGCUAUCCACAUAUAUCAGCGCAUCGCUCUCUCAGGAUGCCCUAAAAAUGUUGCUGUCACGAGGAGGUAUUUCCGUAGCUGCAGUUACAAGUCUAUGGAAGAAUCGCCAAUCUAUUGUCCCGAGUCUUACCCCACUAGACAUCGAAAAUGCGCUGAAACCUCUUUUCACCUACUUCGAUGAGAACUUCGCCAUCAUGAAACAGACGCUAACAGAUGCAUCAAUGGUUAUGGUCAUGACUCGCCUAUGGAAAGAGGUCCUGCUCGCCAUCGAAGGUCUCCUAGUCCCACCUCUCUCAGACAAGCCGUCCACCCAAAAACCCCUAACCCAGCAAGAACUAGACAUUGUCUUCCGCUGGCUCCAACUACUGUUCGACUUCUUCUACGUCCGCGACGAAGAGACAGGCGAAGCAAUGGGUGUACCAGCCGACGUUUUGAAAUCGCCCAAAUACCACGAACUCGCCUCCCUCAACUUCUUCUACUUUGACACAACAGACAGCCUGAUCCGCACCUCGGAGCGCAUGGCCACCGCAACCGCUCAACGCGCACAAGCACAGCGGAACCGCCUUUCUGCGCCAGCCAGUCUGGGUGCUUCGUUUGGAGGCCUUAUGGGGUCUACUUCCAUGCGCCGGACGAAGAGCAUCAUGCUAAGUCGCAAUUUGGGCACCAUGAAGAAGGCAAAGGAGGAGAAGAGGAAGGAGGCGCAGGCUGAUCCGAGUGAUGACAUGAUAUUGAGGAUCUUAAGGAUGCGGCCAGAAGCGGCGCCAUAUUUGAGGGAUAGGAGUCGGCAGAAGGAACGACUGGCUGCUGCGGCGGCGGCGGAGACGAUUGUGAGGCAGAGUCUUGCGAGUGGCGGAGGAGCGAGAUUUGGAGCGAAUAAUUUACCGUUGAGGAGAUGA